AUGGAUCUGGCCUAUCUCGUCCACGGAGCCCCCAAGCCCUACUCCGAUUCCCAAGCUUCGCCUUCGCCCCUGGUCGAAGAGCCCAAGUGCUCUCUGCUCGAGGGUGCCCACGGUGCUCAGCAAUUAGCCAGUAUGUUACUACCGUCACGCCUUCAUAUUCACCUUUACGUUGUUAUUAAUUUUAUAAUAGAACGCCAACCACAACAGCUACGUCCACAUUCAGGGUCGGGCAAUGCUCACACCCCGUCGGAGCUAAAAAACAAACCUGUGGCCGAGCAAACGCACCGCUCAUCUAUCUUGAGCACCGGAUCAGCCCCCAUCCCCCACAUCGCAGGGCCCUACGCCUCGCCAGCCCCUAAAGCCACCCAGUACACAUCGCCCAUCGAUGCAUCCCAACCGCAGCAACCCUACACUCACCUGCCCUCUAUUAUCACCAUCACUUCCGCUACAUAUACGCAGAUGAACAAGUGGUAUAUUUGCGACCUCUGCCAGACGCCCUUUCCACGGAAGGCCGGGGUAGUUACACACUUACGCUCGCACACAGGCGAGAGGCCCUUCCGCUGCUCCAACACUGGCUGCGGUAAGACCUUUACCACACAAAGCAACAAGAGGCGUCACGAGCGAGACUGCCCCGCGCCAGCUGCCCCGCGCCGGCCCCGGCGGCUCUAG